ACUGACUCCGCACUGAGUGGAUCGAGUCAGUCGCUGACGGCGGACGCUUAUAACUUAUCUAGCAACGAUCCCUUCAUGGGGGCUUAUUACGACGAGAUCGAAAUAGAAGAUAUGGCAUGGGAUGAGGUAAAAAGUGUCUACCAUUAUCCCUGCCCCUGCGGUGACCGCUUCGAGAUCUCUCGCAAGCAGCUUGCCAACUGCGAGGAUAUCGCGACGUGUCCGAGCUGCAGUCUGAUCAUUAGAGUUGUCUAUGAUCCACUUGAUUUUGAAGACGAAUCUCCAGAUGACGAGGGGUCCGCAUCGCAGGAAAGUGAAGAAGAUGAGGAGGAAGAUGACAAUAGCGACGACGACCACUUCGAGGAUGCUCUUGAGAAGCUUACUCUGACAGAGCCAUCGGCAGCGUUGGUUGCAGCAGCAGCAUAAGAGCUCACUCAUUCCGUCUCGAUGAUGUUGUUGCCACUGGAUGAUAGUCUAUAACGCAUUGCAAUAUUAAUGCAGUACUCUGAACAUAUAAUAUUCCUGUAUGAAAUUAAUGGCAAUCCGGUUUCUCCAUAGCGCGCAUACAAGGGUCCCAUUACUGAGCGCUGAUCCGUUACUAUCAUUUUGCUGUACCAUCAACAUUUUUCAUCAAAACAAUUCUCACAUACUGACUUGUUGAGAACUUGGCUCAUCGUUGGGUAGUCCGAAUUCAC